CCAAACAAGAUUAAAGGAAUGCACCUCCGGUCCCUCUUCCUCCUUCUCUCUCUACCCCGUCUACGUCUCAUAUUCAAAAUCUUCGAUUUGCUCUAUAAAAUAAUCACACUCUCUCAGAUCAGAUAUCUUGUGAUUCAAUCCACUCGUCAGCACUCUCUCUCAUGCACUCCACCAACCAUUUCUAGGUUUUCAAUCGAUCUUCUCAUAGAAAAUUCAAUUGAUUGGAGUGUUUCUCAGAAGCUAUGGAAGAAGAAGAAGCACCACUCGUUGCUGAGAACUCGGAAACUCAAACCCUAACGAAGAAGAACCAUACCAGAGAUGUGCAUAUUCUGAGCUCGGCUUUCUUGUUGAUGUUCUUGGCUUAUGGUGCUGUUCAGAAUCUGGAGAGUACAAUCAAUACUGAGGAAGAUAUAGGGACAAUUUCGCUCGGGAUAUUGUAUUUGUCUUUUAUGGUUUUUUCUUUCUUUGCUUCAUUGGUGGUUCGGUUCCUGGGUACAAAAAAUGCUCUUGUUCUUGAGACUGCUGGGUAUUGGUUGUUCAUAGCAGUGAAUUUGAAGCCCACAUGGUACAUGACGGUUUCAGCUUCAUUGUACCUAGGAUUUUCUGCUUCAAUAAUAUGGGUUGCAGAGGUACAAGUCCAUCUUUUAGAUUUGGUUCAUCACUUUCUUGUGUUUGAUGAUGUAAUAAGUACAUUACUUUUUCCCUAAUGAUAUUAUAGUCCAUCAAGAUACAUAUCUUACUUCUACAACACGCAGUCAUGCACAUGAUUGGUAACUUCAAUGGAGAAUUUUGGGGAAUGUUUACAGGUCACAAGGUGCUGCAUUUUGGUGUUUGAUGACAAUUUUAAUGAUCUUUGGUUCUAAUAAGAAUAUAUUCAAUUUGUUUUGUAUGGAUGUUGUGCAUCUGGAAUAAUCUUCAUUUUUUAUUGAAUUUUGCAGUUCGUUGGAAACCUUGUCUCUUGUUCUAUUGAAAGAUGGAACGAUAUGUGCAUGCUUGUGAUUCCAAGCUGAUUUCCAUGUCCUAUAUUUUUCUAUGUUGUUUGUUGUAUUACUAGUACCAAUUCAUUA